GUCUCACGAUGUUGGCACAGAAGCUCACCCAGCAGUCGCUUCGGCGGUUAGCCCUCCAACCCUCCACCCUCCGCUUCGCAACCCCCGCCGCCAUCGCCCUCGGCAACAACUCCUUCCAACAGCAGCGCCGCCAAGUAACAGCAGCCGCCGUCUCCGAAUCCCACGCCCGCAACGAAAUCCUCGCCAAACAACGCCUCAACCGCCCCGUCGCGCCCCACCUCGCAAUCUACAAACCGCAAAUAACCUGGUACCUCUCGGCCCUCAACCGCGUCACGGGCGUCGCCGCCUCGGGAGCCUUCUACGCCUUCGGACUCCUCUACCUCGCCGCGCCAUCUCUAGGUUGGCACCUCGAGUCCGCCGCCCUCGCGGCCUCUUUCGGCGCCUGGCCGGUCCUGUUGCAGGUCUUGACCAAGACGAUUUUGGCGUUGCCGGUGACGUUUCAUUCGUUGAAUGGAGUGAGGCAUUUGGUGUGGGAUACGGCGAGUAUGAUUACGAAUAAGCAGGUGCAGACGACGGGGUGGACGGUUGUGGGGUUGAGUGUUGCGAGUGCGUUGGGGUUGGCUUUCUUGUAGGUGGAUGGGGAAAUG